AAGAAAUACUCCUCUAGAUUAGAGGAAUGCAUCAAGGAUUUACCAGUAGCACCUAUAGCCAAGAAUCCUACAUCAAAUGUUCACUAUUGCAAAUGGCAAUCAGAAGAAGAAAAUGAUAUGGAUGCUUACAUUGUGGGAGGCACUAUACUUGCUAGAAGAGGAAGACCUAAGUGCAAGCCAGAGAGUAGCUUGGGUGAAUUGAAUCAUAUACCCAAGAUUAGGAGAGCUGCUAACCUGGUAGAAUCAAUGAAGAUAAAUACUCAACCUAUAGAAGAGGAGUUACUAGAAGAAGCCACGAAAUUCUUUGAAAAAGAGAAGAAUCUUUUUGCAAAGGAUAUUAUGGAAUUAACUUAA